AUGACGGGCCGGUUGGCUAGGAUUCAAGCCCGAGUACGGCUGGGGUCUCUGCUCCAGGGCCGCGGGAGAGCUGGCGCCGGGUUCCCUGACACCCUAAGAAUCAGGCCAACGAGCAUGGGAUGGAUGGUGGGAUGGUACCGUUCAGACCUGGCCAACGCCAUCAACAUCUGCAAGCCCCCGCCCUGGCUUGCCAGCCUGAGUUCCCGACUGGCGCGCCUGCCAGGGCAAGAAAGCUGGGCCACUGGUGAUGGACUCUGGGGAGCCCAAGUGCCACUGUGUCUGGAAAACACGGGCUGCAGCCAUUCUCAAGAUCAGCAUCCCAAGAGCAAGGGGCGCAUGGAGCAAACAGAAGUGACUGUAAGAUGCACCAUAACAUUGACAAAUUCAUUUGCGCUGCACCCUCAGAACAUGGGAGAAUCGUCAUCGUGCCUCGAAUCUGUCGAGAAUGGGAUUGGAUGUGCAGGCGCAAACAUGGCUGUGCCUUUACCAGAGCCGAGUACUUUGCGUCAUGGAGCGGAAGACAUGGCCGCUCUAUGGGAAUUGGAUGGUGAGGUCAGGCAGGUACCUACCUACCUUCCCACCUCACGCUUCUUUCCCUUCCAGGUUGCCUGGUGUUGCCCUAUGGAGAGCAUCCCCUACUUCCUUCCUACCUACUUCCUACCUGGUAUGGAAGGGGUAGCUGCCACCUCCUGGCUCCUGGCUCGUGAGAUGCAUCGUCCUGCCUUGCCUCCCGUUGCCUGCCUUUGCCAUCGCGCCUCUGCUUCCCUGCCCUGUCUUCCCGCUGACCCCCGUCCCAUUCCCUGCACGACAACCUUACAAUAG